ACCGUUGUAAACAUACUUCCAUCUUCUAAAUAAUUUCCUCCAAUUUUCUGUCUAGUCUCCCCACCGUUCAUCAAUCUUGUUCUCAUUUUCUCUCUCUUUCUCUCAGUUAAACAACAAUGGCGAUUGCUGCGGAGAAUCAAGUUGAACAAAAGACAUCUACAGAGGUUCCUGUGGCCGAGAAGAAACGAUGGACACUUAGUGAUUUCGACAUUGGAAAGCCGCUGGGUCGCGGAAAGUUUGGCCAUGUAUACUUGGCCAGAGAAAAGAGAAGCAAUCAUGUUGUAGCACUCAAAGUACUGUUCAAGAGCCAGCUGAAACAGUCCCAAGUGGAACAUCAGAUUCGACGAGAAGUCGAAAUACAAAGCCAUCUCCGACAUUCUAACAUAUUGCGCCUGUAUGGAUACUUUUAUGAUCAGAAACGUGUCUACUUGAUACUUGAAUAUGCACCCAAAGGAGAGCUGUACAAAGAGCUUCAGAAAUGCAAGUAUUUCAGUGAAAAACGAUCAGCAACUUAUAUUGCAUCAUUAGCUCGGGCACUUAUUUACUGUCAUGGAAAACAUGUGAUUCACAGAGAUAUAAAGCCGGAGAACCUCCUCAUUGGUGCACAGGGGGAACUCAAGAUUGCAGAUUUUGGUUGGGCAGUUCAUACAUUUAACCGCAGGAAGACAAUGUGCGGAACACUUGACUACCUUCCUCCAGAGAUGGUGGAGAGUGUAGAGCAUGAUGCGAGUGUUGACAUAUGGAGUCUUGGUGUUCUUUGUUACGAGUUUCUAUAUGGUUUCCCUCCAUUUGAAGCAAGGGAGCAUUCAGACACAUAUAGGAGGAUUGUGCAAGUUGAUCUAAAAUUCCCCCCCAAACCCAUAAUAUCCUCAGCUGCAAAGGAUCUUAUUAGUAAGAUGCUUGUUAAAGAAUCGACAGAGCGUCUUCCAUUGCACAAGCUUUUAGAACAUCCAUGGAUAGUACAGAAUGCAGAUCCUUCAGGUCUUUACAAGUUCUGAUACGUUUAUUAUUUCAAGAAGAUCUUGUAUUCAACUGUAAAACAGUCAUCUAAUGUGCUAUAAGAAUAUGAUAUGUUCCUAUGUUAAAGUAGCUAGCUGGCUAUCUUCCUAUGGUUGUAGACUUUUCAAGUGAAUAUCAUAUGUUCCUUAAAUUCAUUCAAUGUGCUAUAAGAAUACCAAAAAUGUUCUUACAAUUGUACCAAAAUAAAGGCAAGAGUAAUGUUGUGAGUUGUAACAUGUAUUACCAAUCUUAGUGUAUGGGUGUGAAAUAAGGCCUUUAAUAUUCUA